GUGCUGACGAAGUGCAAUCGUGCUCAUCGAAAGAUAACUGAGCAGUUUAGACUAUUUCGCUGUGAAAAGCCGCGAUUGCCUGCACAUUUGCAAGACAUGGUAGUGUGAAAGAGGGUGUAGCAUUCUUUUCUGUUGAUUUUUUCGAACAAUCAUCGUAUCCCGUCGGUUCCCUGCAUAUUGUCGAAAGUCGCAGGAUUCUUCUAAUUAGUUAUACAUUAGUCAUUGAGCUCAUUGUUGGGGAAGCAGCCGAGUGUCGUAGCUGUGAAACUACAGUCUUGAAUCUACAGUCGGGAAACAGUGGCCCUGAACGUCCAUUGAAGCUAGUAAAGAAACCAUCGAACCUAUCUCACUCGAAUAAAGAUGAUGGAUGGAAUGGAAGAAAACGGCUCCCCGAGGCAAACGGCUAGCCCAAUUACUGCCGCUCCCGAACCAAUUCAAUCCCGGCAAGGUUCUGUAGAAGGAGGCCCCACCGGUGGAUCAACCACUACAUUGCCUGAAAACUCUCUGCUAGUUGAUAUUUCCGAUGCACUGAGUGAGAAAGAGCGUGUGAAGUUCACUGUCCAUACGCGUACAAAUCUUCCCGGGUUUGAGAAAAGCGAUUUUCUAGUCGUCCGACAGCACGAAGAAUUCGUCUGGCUGCACGAUCGCUUCGAAGAGAAUGAAGAAUAUGCGGGCUACAUCAUACCACCGUGUCCACCGCGGCCCGACUUUGAUGCGUCGCGUGAGAAGCUUCAGAGGCUCGGCGAGGGCGAGGGCAACAUGACCAAGGAGGAAUUUAAAAAGAUGAAACAAGAGCUCGAGGCCGAGUAUUUGGCCACCUUUAAAAAAACGGUUGCAAUGCACGAGGUGUUCCUAACUCGUCUUGCCUCUCACCCGGUGUUCCGGGAAGAUUCGCACCUGAAGGUGUUUCUCGUGUACGAUCAAGAUCUGUGCGCAAAGAUGAAGAAAAAGAUCGAUAUUUUCGGCGGGUUGGUAAAGAGCAUUGGCAAGACGACCGAUGAAAUCUAUCUCGGUGCGACGGUGAAGGAUGUGAAUGACUUCUUCGAACAUGAGUUACAAUUUUUGGGCGAAUACCACGGCCAUUUAAAGGAAGCUGCGAUACGCACCGAAAAAAUGACCAACAAACAUAAGGAUGUUGCCGAUUCGCAUGUGCGUAUCUCGAGUCAGCUGCUCGGCCUGUCCACCGCCGAGCACGGUUCGAUGGAGAAGUUUUUGGCCAAAACGGCGGACAUUUUCGAGAAAAUAAGAAACAUGGAAGGACGCGUAGCCAGUGAUCAGGAUCUCAAGCUUGGAGAUACGCUACGGUACUACCAACGGGACAGUAAUGCAGCGAAGGCGCUACUCAUACGCCGAUUGCGCUGCCUGACUGCGUACGAAGCGGCUAAUCGGAACCUAGAGAAGGCGCGAGCAAAGAACAAGGAUGUCCAUGCGCCGUUGGAAGUGCAGGAGGCGGAAAGUGCUCAGGCACAAGCAUGUGAAAAGUUUGAAUCCAUGUCGGCCCGUGGUAAGGAGGAACUGGUCAGCUUUAGACUACGCCGCGUUGCUGCCUUUAAGAAGAGCUUGACCGAACUGGCUGAAUUAGAGAUCAAACACGCGAAAGCGCAGUAUGAUUUUCUCCGCCAAUCACUGCUUUCCCUCCAAGAGUUGGUGUAAAUCUAUGCUGAGCGGGAAAAUCAAAUAGAAAGGAGUAACAAUACAAAUGAACCGUUGCCGUCUGUGUGGAACAAUAUUUCUAUUAUAUUGCCCGGCGAACCGUCGAAAAACGAAUAUCCGUGCUGCAUUUGCCUGCGGCUGGGAAGGAUCUAAAUCGAAUUAGAGCAACAAGUAGAUCCGUUCGUAUCAAACGGCCUCUGGAAAAGGUAGCAAAUUGGAGGGGAAAACGAGCAUGUAAUAUAAACAUCAUCGUUUGCAGACCACGUUAGAAGUUAUUACCAUAAAUUACGUUGAUACAUUCUGCUGUUGGCUGUUUAGAUAAGAACAAAGUAAAAAAAAACGUUGGUGCGAAGUAUUUUUAUAAUAUAUUUGCUCUUGAUUUGUUA